AUGAAGUUGACGGUGUUGGCAGGUUUUGUUGUCUUAUUUGUGUACUUGGAUUUGACUUCUGGCAGAGUGGUUGAUCUUUUGGAUCGUUCGGAAAUUGGUCCAACAAAAUCGACUGUGGGAAGAGUACAGGGACGCCAGGCCUUUGCCGAUGAUGAUUACUAUGAAGAAGAAGAGGAUGAUGAGGAAGAGGAGGAGUUACAACAAUCAUUGCUUGCCGAUAACAUAGCUGCCGGGGGACAUGGAGGUGAAGGCGGCGGUGGUGGUGGUGGCGUUUCCCCCGAUGAGGGAGAAGAAGAUGACAAUGAAGAGGACGAGGGCGAUGAUGAGGAGGAAGAAGACGAUGAUGAUCAGGGUGAACAACGUUUUAUGGAAGAUAAGCGGUUCCUAAAGGCUGUCUAUGAUAUUUUGUAG